AUGAUAGAUGCACUUCCAAAUGAAGUCUUUUGGCUCGUAUUGAACCACCUAGACUAUCAAGACAUCGAGCAAUUACAGCUGAUUCCACAGCUGUACAAAACUGCGCUACAUUAUACCCAACAGCAUUAUCCAUUUCAUUACAAGAUCAACUCGUUGUUACGACUAUUCGAAGCCAUCACACCGUCUGAGCGUCAGUCCAAAGAUACCAAGCUAGAAUUUUCGCAGCAAAUACUGCAACAAAUAUGCAAGCAAGUAGAAAUACUACCCAAGAUAAAUCAUCGAACGAAAUUUACAGAGCUGUUGGAUAUUGUGCAGCAAUUCAUUGUGGCAAGAAUCCUAUCUCCAGACCUGAAAGCUGGUAUCGAGCAUGACUAUGCAAACCUAUGUCUGGAGAUCAGAUCACAGUAUCUGCAUACACCUUCGAUACGAGUAUUACAUGAUCCCAAAUAUAGACGCCGAAGCACCAAGCAUCCAUUAGCACCCUUUUUGCCAAGAGACUAUACCAGCAUAUGGAGAUAUCACUGUGCCACGCCACACACACCCAUUCAUACACGAUUUGCCUUGUUUUUUGGUAGUUUGUUUGACGUAACAAGUCUUUACUUGGAGUCCAACUUGGAUGGAUCAUUUGAAGAAUGUACCAGAGAAGCGCUAGUGACAGGAAACGUAGAAGAUUUGCUGAUUAUGUGUGUUACUGCUGACCGACCUGUGGAUGUAGACCGCAUGUGUAUGAUGGUAACUCAUGCAGGAGAACAGCUAAGACAAUACCUAGAAACCAUGGAUACCUGGGUGACGACAGAACCUACCCCUCAACAAGAAUUGCGGAUGCAACAGAAUCAACACUUGCUGGAAAACGAGAGCUAUGCUGCUGCAGCGGCGUCAUUACCAUCGUCGUCAGUGUCUUAUUCUCCAUCAUCCAGCGAUCCCCCUGAAUGGCUUAUUCCAGAUAGAUAUAAAGUGCAACCCAACACCAUCCUGCGGUUACGAUUGAUGAAUAAUCUGUACAAGAAAGGAUGGCACUGGUUUCAAUAG